AUGUUCAAGAAAUGUGCCAUCAUCUGCAAGACUGUUGAACAACAAUUCUUCCUCAGCAUUUAUAGCAUAGUAACUAAGGUCAUCUGGAAUAGUUAUUCUCCUCCAAGGGUUCAAUUUCUAGUGUGGCUAGCAUGGAAGGGGAGACUAAAAACAGCUAGUUUUCUUCAGAGGAUUGGUGUGUUGGAGCCGGAAGCCUCUGCUAUGUGUGUGCUUUGUAAUGACGGGUUAGAAUCUGUUUUUCACCUUCUUAUUUGGUGCCCAUUUGCUUGGAGAAUUUGGUGUGAUCUGAUGCAGUGGUGGGGAUUGACUUGGGUAAUUCCACAAACAGUGGAAGGGAUUCUGAAUUGGUGGAGGGGCUUCAAAUGGAGAAAAAACCUCAACAAGAUCUGGCGAAUUAUACCAUUUGCGGUGUUGUGGUCAUUAUGGAAAUUCAGGAAUGAGAAACUAUUCUGUGAUAGCCAAAUGCAAUUGGAGGAGCUGUGUGAAUUAAUCAAGACAAGGAUUGCUUUGUGGACCAAAUUGUACAACCAGGAUUGCUGUUACUCAGUGCAGCAGAUUAUCUGCAACAUUCAGGAGAUUCGGGUUGGGAAUGGUUAG